GAAAGAAAAAGGAGACAAUAGAUAUUGGGAGAAACCUACCAGUCUAUGCCACAUGUACUUGCUAACUUUUUCAUGAAUAAAUAUGCAAAUAAAGAUACAUAGUUUCUUUACAGAAAUGAGAUCUCACUAUACCUGCUGUUUUGUAAUCUGCUACAAAGCAGUCCAGAACUAGGUCACUGGUCAACAACCGCAGCAAAGACCCAGAUUCUCUCUCUCCACUCUGCUCUCCUUAGGAUGAGGCCUUUUGUCCUCAUGUUUAUUCUCUCAAAAUCUCAAGCAGCUGCCAUGACUCCAGGCAAAAGCCAGGCAAGAGACAUCAGAUGGCUUCCCUGCUGCUCCUGAGGCUAGAGCUAAUCUAGUAUUGGGUUGAAAUUUGGGAGAUCGUGAAAACAAAGGUCCUAUCGAGUAGCACAACACAGUGGGGAAAGCAUGGGCUUUGGGGGUCAAACCAAGCCAAACCAAGUUUAAAUCCCAGGCCCACCACAUAAUCACCGUUUUGCCUUUGUCAGGUCAGUUAAACUCUCUGGGUUUCAGUUUGUUCAUCUGUAGAAUGGGGGCAACGAUGCCCAUCUCAUGAAGUGCUCAAGAGUACCAUAACUACACACACACACACACACACGCACGCAAACACACACACAACUGUCUUAACAUUAAAAACCCAAACUCACUCCAAAAACUACCGAAGUGGAGCCUAGAGGUAUGUGACAAAGGGGGUCAGAGGUGCACAGGGGUCAUCAGGCCUGGUCUCGGAGGCUAUCAGCCGCAGGAUUCUAGUGUUCGCAAAGGCUAGCCCAGGGGCUAUAGGGAAUGGGGAGAGAAGACCCCAACACGCUGGGGCCCAUUUUCUUCCUAAUGCCACUCAUCCCAGGGUGACCCAUGCCCCCGUCUGAAGCCCACAUUCUACAGACAGUGGUUCAAUGAGCCCUCUCCCCUCUGCUCCUGCAGUUGUGGAUUUCUGCAAACAGAACAACGGGGGCUGUGCGAAGGUGGCCAGGUGUUCCCAGAAGGGCACAAAGGUGUCCUGCAGCUGCCUGAAGGGCUACAAGGGGGACGGCCACAGCUGCACAGAGAUAGACCCCUGCGCCGAUGGCCUCAACAGUGGGUGUCAUGAGCAUGCCACCUGCAAGAUGACCGGCCCGGGCAAGCACAAGUGUGAAUGUAAAAGUCAUUACGUGGGAGACGGGAUGGACUGUGAGCCGGAGCAGCGGCCCAUCGACCGCUGUUUGCAGGACAACGGGCAGUGCCACGCCGAUGCCAACUGCGCCGACCUCCACUUCCAAGAUACCACCGUCGGAGUGUUCCAUCUCCGCUCCCCACUGGGCCAGUACAAGCUAACCUUUGACAAAGCCAGAGAGGCCUGCACCAACGAGGCAGCAAGCAUGGCAACCUACAACCAGCUCUCCUACGCCCAGAAGGCCAAGUACCACCUCUGUUCAGCAGGCUGGCUGGAGAGUGGGCGGGUAGCCUACCCCACAGCCUAUGCCUCCCAGAACUGUGGCUCUGGCGUUGUUGGAAUAAUUGACUAUGGACAAAGAAACAACAAGAGUGAAAUGUGGGAUGUCUUCUGCUAUCGGAUGAAAGAUGUGAACUGCACCUGCAAGGUGGGCUACGUGGGAGACGGCUUCUCGUGCAGCGGGAAUCUGUUGCAGGUCCUGACGUCCUUCCCCUCGCUGACGAACUUCCUCAUGGAAGUGUUGGCCUAUUCCAACAGCUCAGCCAGAGGCCGGGCAUUUCUGACCCACCUGACGGACCUGUCGAUCCACAGUACCCUCUUUGUGCCACACAACAGCGGGCUGGGGGAGAACGAGACGCUGUCUGGGCGGGACAUUGAGCACCACCUCGCCAAUGUCAGCAUCUUUUUUUACAAUGACCUUGUCAACGGUACCGUCCUGCAGACUAAGCUGGGAAGUCAGCUCCUCAUCACCUCCAGCCAGAACCAGCAACAACCGGUAUGAAAAAUCUUCUGGAUUCACUGGCAGAACUGGAGAGAAUACAUGCAAAGCUCACAGCGUGCAGUAGGGGCUUAAUAGAUGGCAACUUUUAUAAUGUGAAAGUAAACACUAAACCUGCAGUCCGGGGACAGUGUUAGCUGCGCACAGUAGGACACCAUGCCGUUAGGCAGCCCCUACCCCUUGGGGAGGAAACCACUGGUGACCACCAGCCCUGGAAACUGGUAAUGAUGACUGAGGAACUUUACAUGAAACCAUUUUUUUUUUUUAUUUUUAAAGAUUUUAUUUAUU